AUGUAUAUUAGUAACACUCAGAAGUAUUAUGAUACGAUUUCUCCAUGCCAAACAAGAAAAGGCAAAGCUUUAAUAGGUCCAGUUGAAGGAAGAAUAUUUAAAAAGUUUUCAAAAAGGACAUCAGACCAGAUUAAAUCAAGUAAAAAAGAUAAGAAAUCCUUUGAUAGUGAUGACAGAUCUCCAUUUAAAGCAAGAAAAGAAAAAAGAAGUGUAUAUUCCUUUACAAGUGAGGAAUUUUCUCCAUUAAAAGCUAGGAAAGCUAGGAAAUCCUUUACAAGUGAGGACAGUUCUCCAUUGAAAGCUAGGAAAGCUAGGAAAUCCUUUACAAGUGAGGACAUUUCUCCAUUAAAAGCUAGGAAAUCCUUUACAAGUGAGGAUAGUUCUCCAUUAAAAGCUAGGAAAUCCCUUACAAGUGAAGAUAGUUCUCCAUUAAAAGCUAGGAAAUCCUUUACAACUGAGGACAGUUCUCCAUUAAUUGCUAGGACAUCCUUUACAAGCAAGGACAGUUCUCCAUUAAAAGCAAUAAAAGGUAGUAGAGAUAAGAAAUCCUUUGAUAGUGAUGACAGAUCUCCAUUAAAAGCUAGGAAAUCCUUAAAUAGCAAAGACAGUUCUCCAUAUAAAGCAAGAAAUGGAAAAAGAAGUGUGGAUAAUUCUUCAUUAAAAGCUAGGAAAUCCUUUACAAAUGAAGAUAGUUUUCCAUUAAAAGCUAGGAAAUCCCUUACAAGUGAAGAUAGUUCUCCAUUAAAAGCUAGGAAAUCCCUUACAAGUGAAGAUAGUUCUCCAUUAAAAGCUAGGAAAUCCCUUACAUGUGAAGAUAGUUCUCCAUUAAAAGCAAUAAAAGGUAUGCCCAUCUCCUUAGUUAUAAAGGCAAAAGAAAUGAAAGCUGAAAUUAUAGAGUAUCUGCAGAAUUAUAAGCCAUUUAAAUCAUUGCCAAAAGUUGGAGAUAGCCUGUUUAACCAUUAUGUUGACAACACUAGAGGCAUAUCUGAGGAAGUGAGAGAUGAAUUAACUUCAUAUCUUAGCUUGACAUAUAAAGACAUUUUCAAUCUAUCUGUCAGUUCUGACAUUCCAUCUAUGAUGCACAACACUAUAUCAUUCAUAAACAUCAUUCAGGAAACAAAGAUUUAAAUAAUCCAAUAGAUGUUUGCCCAAAUUUAGAAAGGACCAGUGAAACUACUGGAGAAUAUGAAAGGAUUGGUAAAAAUACUAAAAAGGAUGCAAUUACAGGACUUAUUAAUCAUUCAUCGACAAAAGAUAAAAAAUCCGAAAUAGGCAGAAAAAGAUCAGGAAAUAAGAAAAUAUAUACAGCAGAAUCCAAG